CUAAUUAGCAGAAAGAGGAAGACAGAAUAAUCAAAACUAAUAUAUACAUAUAACUUAUCUAGCUCCAAUGAUUGACAGAUUGAGAGAAGUGAGCACUGGCCGGCCGGCCGGCCAUGGUUUCUGCUAGCCGGUGGCCAUCUUACGCUCUAUCCUCCUUCCAUGUAUGUGUCGUUACGAGAGGUUUGAAUCGUAGUAACAAUCGCGGCGAUACGAAUCUCAACCCUUUGAAAGUCGUUAGCCAUUGAAUCGUGUCGAACUCCAUGGUAACGAUGAUAAUUUGGCACUUGAUCAGCCAUGAGAAAGCUCUCAAAUCUUUUGACAAUUGAGAAACUCUAAAAUAGACACAACAGAAAGAUAGAGUAAAGAAGAAAGCAAGUACUUGAAUAUUAUAUAGGCAGAGGGUUGGAGGUGAAAGCAAGAAGCCAUAUGGAGGGGACCACCCUACAUACGCAUGAUCAUAGCUCUUAAUUACAGACUAAUUAAAACCUAAGCCCAUAACUAAACUUUGGGGGGAAAAAGGGUUUAGAACAGACAAAUUGUGUAGCAUGAUACUAUGGGUGAUAUAGUUAUAUUAUGAGAUGAUAAGGUGAUUAGAAUAAGAUAUAUAUACACACAGACAAAAAGAGAGUGUACAUUGGAGUUAUAUACGACAGCGGAAAGCAGCGUGAAGUAUUUCAAUAUCUAUAGUCGGUCUGCGAGAGUGCGUGAGUCAGGUAUAGAUAGGGUCGUUUGGCCCGGGGCAGGGGUCAGGAUCUUGACCUGUAUUUAGAAAAGAAAGGCUGCAACAACUUGGGUUGAUAAUUUAGAGUAAAAGAGAAAUAAUUGUUACAUCGAUACCAGAGAGACUGUGACUAAUGAGCUAUAUACAAUAUUAGAAAGGCCGGGGUUGAAAUCUAAAUUAGCUGGUAAUUAGAUCGAAAUUAUUGAAAAGAAACGAUUUCGACAUCAUCAAGUCUUGGAGGAUAGUGGUGUAAGAGGGAGAGUUACCUAACUAUACAAAAUAAAAUUUAUUUUCCAAAUAGUCAAUGAUCACUUUAAUUAGUGGAAGGUCAUAAGUCAUACCUGAAUCAUUAACGAUUGAUAUGGGAGUAGUAUCUUAUCUUAAUAUAUAGAUAGAUAGAUCAAUAUGCAAUGAAUACACAACUUGGACCUAUAUUGCUCGAAGAGCCAUUUUCUGUUCAUGAAGGAAUGACAAUUGAGUUUUUAGCCUAAACUUAAUUGGUAUACACACUCUCUCUAACUGCGAUUGAGUCUCUAUAAAUAGGAAAGUCUCCAUAAAUGAAGUAGUGUCAUGUACAAUGCAUUCCCAUAAAUGGAGAGAGCCUCCAUAUUUGGGGAAAUUUGUAAAAAGACUCAAAAUUGGGGAUGGAAAUUGGGAAUGGGGAGGGCUGUGCAGGUGGGCAGGACAACCGCUAGCCCGCCACUUGGCUUUUUUUCUUUUCUUUUUAAGAUGUAAGGGGUUAAUUGGAGUUUAAUUAGAUCAAUAAUUUUCAAGUGUUGCGUGUAAGAAAAAAUUAGAUCAAUCAUUAUUUGCCAAAAAAAAGCGGUCUUGAAAUUUAGAAAAUUUUGAUUGGAAAUUUUGUAUUUAAAAAUGAUGAUGAACUAUAAAAAAUUAACAUGAACAAAUUAUAUUAGAUGAUCAUAAGUAAAUUUUUAAGUAAAAAAUGAUGAAAAUGGGAAUUAUCUCCAAAUUUGGAGAUUGUAGCAUUGGAGAAAAAUGAUGAAAAUGAAGAUCAUCCCCAAAUUUGAGGAUGAUGACCCUUAAAUUUGAAGACUAGUAUUGAAGUUGGUCUAAGGACAGCUAAAUAAAAGAGAUAAAACACAAGAAAAUGUUUUUAUAAGCAUUUUUUUCUUAGUAUUCUACCCAUAAAAAUGAUACAUGACAAAGUUUUGAGUUGAAUGAUUGAGAUAUACUUUAUAGUUUUAAGAUAAUAUUAUUAUCGUGAAAGUGCCUACAAAUGUUAACAAAAAAACAAAUAUGCUAGCUUGUUAGGUCAAAUUAAUUGUUAUAGUGGUUCACAGAUUGCUCACGCCCCAGGUUUUGUUUUUUCAUUAUCAACCAUGAUGAUUUAACGUUUAACAAUAAAUUAAUGAAGUGAUUUAGUUACUUUAGUAUUGUUGGCCAAGUAGAUUAAUUGAUGGAAAUUGAACUUAUUUCCUUCUUGAAAAAUUAAAAAUGAAGAAAGCUAAGCAAAAAAAUUAAUAAUGCUAAUAAUAAGUAGGGAUCAAUAAUUUCACCUUUUUUAUUUUCUUUAAAAAAACACAUGCACAAAGAAUGAGUUUUGUUAUAUGGUUGGGGGAAAAAAGUUUAAUAAGGGUUCGUUUGGAAGUUGCGAUAGUUUUGUUGACAUUGUCAUUAUGCAUGUAUUGUUUACAAUGCAUCGUUUUUUAUUUUAUUUUUUUAGCAUAAACAAUACAUGGAUUGUUUCUGUGAUGUGACAGAAACUAUCACUCAUUUUGAGUGAUUGUUAUAUCUCAACUUUUAGUUGUGAUUGUUGAGAUAGUUGAGUUGAGAUAAGUCCGUUAAACUCCAAAUUGGGCCAUAUGAAUUUCGGAUGACAUUUUCGUAAUUUUUUUGCCGAUAAAAUGCCAUUUUCUUUGGAUUUUGAAGGUUACAUAUCACGAAUUCGGCAUGAGCCUAUUCUUCACCGACGAUUACGUCCAUUAAGCACCGAUUUUGGCAUAUUUAUUCCGGGUCAAUUUUUGCCAGAUUCCAAAGGGGUACCAUCACUGAUUUUGGACGAUUUUCCCGAAAUGACAUUCUCAUUCAAUUCUGGAGGCUACAAAUCACGUAUUCAGGCCAAGACUAUUCUCCAACGAUAAUUUUUUCUAUUGAUCCUAUUCUCCACGGAUGAUAAGUCCAUUAAGCACCGAUUUGAGGAAACUUAUUUUCAGAUGGCAUUUUCGUAAUUUUUUGCACGACAAAAGGCCAUUUUCAUUGGAUUCUGAAUGCUACAGAUCACGGAUUCGGCCUGAGCCUAUUAUUCAACAAUGAUUACGUCCAUUAAGCACCGAUUUGAGUGUAUUUAUUCCAGGUCAAUUUUUGGCAGCUUCCAAAGGGAUACCAUCACAGAUUUUCGGCGAUUUUCCCGAAAUGCCAUUUUUUCGAUUCUAGAGGCUAUAGAUCACAGAUUCAGGCCGAUACUAUUCUCCACCAAUAAAGAAGUCUAUUGAUCCUAUUAUCCACGUCUGAUAAGUCCAUUAAACGCCGAUUAUAGCCAAUUUAUUUUCGGAUGGAAUUUCGUAAUUUUUUGGGCGACGGAAGGCCAUUUCAUUAGAUUUUAAAGGCUACAAAUCACGGUUUCGGCCUGAGGCUAUUCUUCAACUACAAUAACGUCCAUUAAGCACAGAUUUGGGCAGAUUUAUUCCGGGUCUAUUUUUGGUAGAUUCUAAAGGGUACCAUCAUCGAUUUUGGGCGAUUUUCCCGAAAUGUCAUUUUCUUUCGAUUCUGGAGGCUAUAGAUCACAAAUUCAGGCCGAUACUAUUCUCCACCGAUAAUUUUUUCUAUUGAUCAUAUUCUCCACGGAUGAUAAGUCCAUUAAACACCGAUUUGGGCCAAUAUAUUUACGGAUGGCAUUUUCAAAAAAAUUUGGGCGACGAAAGGCCAUUUCUUUGGAUUUUGAAGGCUGUAGAUCACCAAUUCGGCCUGAGGCUAUUUUUCAACGAUAAUUACGUCCAUUAGCAUCGAUUUGGGCAGAUUUAUUCCCAGUCAAUUUUUGGCAAAUUCCAAAGGGGUACCAUCACAAAUUUUGUGCGAUUUUCCCGAAAUGGCAUUUUCUAUCGAUUUUGAGGCUACAAAUCACAGAUUCAGGUCAAGCCUAUUAUGAACCGAUAAUGCAUUCUAUUGAUCCUAUUCUCCACGGAUGAUAAGUCCAUUAAGCAUCGAUUUGGGCCAAUUUAUUUUUGGAUAGCAUUUUUUGUAAUUUUUUGGGCGAGGAAAUGCCAUUUUCUUUGGAUUUUGAAGGCUGCAGAUCACAGAUUCUGCCUGAGGCUAUUCUUCAACGACGAUUACGUCCAUUAGCACCGAUUUGGGCGGAUCUAAUUCGGGUCAAUUUUUGGCAAAUUCCAAAAGGGGUACCAUCACAGAUUUUCGGCGAUUUUCCCAUAAUGUCAUUUUCUUUCGAUUCUGGAGGCUACAAAUCACGGAUUCAGGCCGAGGCUAUUCUCCACCGAUAAUGAAAUCUAUUGAUCAUAUUCUCCACGGAUGAUAAGUCCAUUAAGCACCUAUUUGAGCCAAUUUAUUUUCGAAGGCAUUUUUGAAUUUUUUGGGGCGACGAAAGGCUAUUUCUUUGGAUUUUGAAGGCUGAAAUCACGGAUUCGACAUGAGUCUAUUUUUCGACGACGAUUACGUCCAUUAGCAUCGAUUUAGGCUGAUUUAUUCCCGAUCAAUUUCUGCCAAAUUCCAAAGGGGUACCAUCACAGAUUUUGGGUAUUUUCCCGAAAUGCAAUUUUCUUUCGGUUCUGGAGGCUACAAAUCACGGAUUCAGGUCGAGGCUAUUCUCCACCAAUAAUGAAGUCUAUUGAUCCUAUUCUCAACGGAUGAUGAGUCCAUUAAGCACCAAUUUGGGCCAAUGUAUUUUCGGAUGGCAUUUUCGUAAUUAUUUGGGCAACGAAAGUCAAUUUUCUUUGGAUUUUGAAGGCUACCUGAGGCUAUUCUUCAACGACGAUUGUGUCCAUUAAGCACCGAUUUGGGGGAUUUAUUCCGAUUCAUUUUUUGGCUGAUUCCAAAAGGGUACCAUCACAGAUUUUGAGCGAUUUUCCCGAAAUGUCAUUUUCUUUCGAUUCUGGAGGCUAUAGAUCACGUAUUCAGGCCGAUGCUAUUCUCCACCGACAAUAAAGUCUAUUGAUCCUAUUUCCCACGGAUGAUAAGUCCAUUAAUCUUCGAUUGGGGCUAAUUUAAUUUCGAAUUGUAUUUUCGUAAUUUUUUGGGCGACGAAAGCCCAUUUUCUUUUGAUUUUGAAGGUUGCAGAUCACGGUUUUGGCCUGAGACUAUUCUUCAACGACAAUAACGUCCAUUACGCACCGAUUUGGGUAGAUUUAUUCCGAGUCAAUUUUUGACAGAUUCCAAAGGGGUACCAUCACUAAUUUUGGUCGAUUUUCUCGAAAUACAUUUUUUCCCCGAUUUUAGAGGCUACAUAUCACGGAUUCAGGCUGAGACUACUAUCCAUAGAUAAUGAAGUCUAUUGAUCCUAUUCUCCACGGAUGAUAAGUUCAUUAAGCACUGAUUUGGGCCAAUAUAUUUUCGGAUGACAUUUUCGUAAUUUGGGCAACGAAAGACAAUUUUCUUUGGAUUUUGAAGGCUACAUAUCAAGGAUUCGGCAUUAGGCUAUUCUUCAACGAUGAUUGAGUCCAUUAAGCAUUGAUUUGGGGGAUUUAUUCCUGUUCAUUUUUUGGCAGUUUCCAAAGGGGUACCAUCACAGAUUUUGGGCGAUUUUCACGAAAUAUCAUUUUCUUUCGAUUCUGGAGGCUACAAAUCACGUAUUCAGGCCGAUGCUAUUCUCCACCGAUAAUGAAGUCUAUUGAUCCUAUUUUCCACGGAUGAUAAGUCCAUUAAUCUCCGAUUUGGGCCAAUUUAAUUUCGGAUGGCAUUUUCGUAAUUUUUUGGGCGACGAAAGCCCAUUUUCUUUUGAUUUUGAAGGCUGCAGAUCACGGUUUCAGCCUAUUGCUAUUCUUCAACGACAAUAACGUCCAUUAAGCACCGAUUUGGGUAGAUUUAUUCCGGGUCAAUUUUUGACAGAUUCCAAAGGGGUACCAUCACUGAUUUUGGGCUAUUUUCCCGAGAUACAAUUUUCUUUCGAUUUUGGAGGCUACAGAUCACGGAUUCAGGCCGAUCCAUAGAUAAUGAAGUCUAUUGAUCCUAUUCUCCACGAAUGAUAAGUCCAUUAAGCAUCGAUUAGAGCAAAUUUAUUUUCGGAUGGCAUUUUCGUAAUUUUUUUGUGCUAUUAAAGGCCAUUUUCUUUGGAUUUUUAAGGCUGCAUAUCACGGAUUUGGCAUGAGGCUAUAAGUCAACGACGAUUACGUCAAUUAAGCACCUAUUUUGGC